AUGGCUCCAGGAAUGCUAUACGUGACUAUGAAGCCGGCAGAGUCGCUGCCGGCCGAUCAAUUCCACGACUGGUACAACGAUGAAUACGGCCCUAUGCGUCUACGCCUCCCAUUCAUCAAGAAUGGCUUCCGAUACCGUGCGACAGACCAGGCCAAAGACCUCCCAGAAUGGCUCACCAUCUACGACAUCGCCGAUAUGGAUGAGAUGGUCAAACAGCCAUACAUCGGCCUCCGCCAGCCCCCCCCAGAGCCAACGCGAGAGGGACACCAUGAAGCAAGUCACUACUCGCAAACCUCCGCGAUCGAAUCAUACAUCACGACCACAGAUGGAGUCUCCCACCCAUACCGCCUCGAAGGGUCCUCCGACCCCCAAGACCCUCUCAUCGUCCUGAGCAACUCCAUCCUCGUGGACUACAACAUCUGGGACGGCUUCGUGUCCGCUUUCCUCUCAGAAAACAAAAAAUACCGCAUCGUUCGCUACCUCACGCGUGGCCGCCUUGACGCCUGUGGCGACCAACCCAUCACCGUCGACCUCCUCGCUUCCGAUAUCAUCGACAUACUCGAUGCCCUCCGCGUACCAAAGGCAGCGGCCGUCAUCGGCCUAUCCCUCGGCGACGCAACGACGCUAAACGUCGCGCUUAACCACCCCAGCAGAGUCGCCUCAAUCAUUUCCUGCGACACCAGCGCAAAGAGUCCAGCCGGCAACAGCAAGGCAUGGGGAGAGCGGAUUGAGCUCGCGCGGGCAGAAAACGCAGGAGGCGUUGUUAGUAAAAACCUAGCCGAAAUCACAACACGACGAUGGCUUGUCGCGGAGAACUACCAGCAGUCAGCAGAAACGUUCGAAUUCGUCAAGCAGAUGGUCGCGAGCAACAGCCUCAUCGGUUUCGAAAAGAGCGUGCAGGCCCUAUACAACUACGACAUGACACCCCUACUCGAAAAUAACAGAGUUCGAGCCGCCUUCUUCGUAGGUGCACAAGACGGCGCACUUCCAACAAGCAUGAAGAAUCUAGCCGCUUCGGUUGGAGAGUUUGUAGAAAUCGACGGCGCCGGACACCUACCCAUGGUAGAACGACCAGCACAAUUCGCACAGGAGGUUUCAAAGUUCUUAAGUAUAUAG